GGUAUGUAGGUGGCAUGUAUGUAGAUGGUAUGUGAAAAUGAAUAAACUUGGUCUUAGGCCUUUCGGCUUGAGUGGGGUCUCCGUUGUUUGAGGCGUGAAAGUCUAUCGAACGAUAAGGGUCCGUUCCUCCCUGCUGUGAAACCGACAGCUCAAGGUAUAUAAGUCAUAGCUGCCUGCCGGAUCUUAACACGUCCGACAUCUAGAGAGAGCUGUUUCCUUCGCCAUUUCUGUGGCAUAUUUUGUUUUCCUUCCUUAAAACUAUUUAUUCCCAUACCUUGUCGAAGUUCUUCGUCCUGUUUCCCAAACCCUUCUAGUUAACUAUUAACUACCAAAAUAUAACCCCUUCCUACUAGCAACCGGACUUCGCCAACAAACAUGACUAAGACAAUUGUGGUAUUGGGUGGCGCCUACGCCGGCGUGGGUGUUGCCCAUAGACUGCUGAAAUAUACGAAACCUCAUGUUAAGGAUUUAAAAGUUAUCCUUGUUUCCAAAGACAGCCAUUUCUACUGGAACAUGGCAUCCGUGCGUGCCAUUGUUCCGGGCACCCUGAAGGAGGAGCAAUACAGCCAGCCCAUCGAGAAGGGUUUCGCCAAGUACCCAGCAGACUCUUUCGAGUUCAUAGUCGGCAGCGCUGAGGGCGUCGACAUCACUGACAAGACCGUCAAGGUGUCGACGCGAGAUGGCGAACGCGUACUUAAUUACGACCACCUGGUUCUAGCAACAGGUACGCGCGCCGUGGACGGCACUAUGCCUUGGAAGAGCAACGGCACGCACGAGCAGGUCACCGGGCUCGUGACGCAAAUCCAGGACAAGGUCAAGACCGCGAAGCACAUUGUAGUUGCGGGCGCAGGCAGCACGGGAGUCGAGGCGGCCGCCGAGAUUGCCUUUGAAUACGGCAAGGAGAAGGAAGUCAUCCUGCUCUCCGGCGACGAGGAGAUCCUGGGUGGCGACAGCCUGGCGUCCAACGUAUCCGGCGAGCUGAAGAAGCUAGGCGUGCAAGUGCGCAAGUCGUCCCGCGUCGAUGCAGCUCACUCCACGCCCGACGGCAAAACCGAAGUUGUGCUGCAGAGCGGCGAGAAGAUCGUAACAGACUUGUACCUACCUACCAUGGGCAUGCGGCCUAACACCGAGUACCUCCCCGCGGACCUGCUUACGGAUAAGAAAUUCGUCGACAUUGACGAGUUUUACCGCGCCAAGGGCACCCAAGACGUCUGGGCUGCGGGUGAUAUCGUGUGGAAGCCCCGUGGUAGCUUCGUGCUUUCGGAUAAACAGGCUGCUGGUGUCGCCAAGAACAUCGAUCUCGUUCUUAAGGGCAAGGCGCCUACUCCCGUCAAGACGAUUCCGAUGGAUGUUCUCAUGGUAGCCACUGGCCGGAGCCGUGGAGCCGGCCGUUUGGGUCCCGUCAAGGUCUUCUCUGUCAUGGUCUACAUGAUCAAGGGCAAAACCCUCGGUGUCCAGCAGUUACCUAGCUACGUCGACGGUAGCGCCUUCUAGACUAUGACUACUAACACGUGUUCUUCGAACCUGGCGUACCUUGAGAUAAUUUGGUUUAGAGGGAUUGGGAGUCAAGAGUAUCCGAGGAUGUUGAUACUGCUUUAAGGAUAUGCCGGAUAGUUCGCUUGUGAUGAAUAGGGGCCGAGGAGAGAACCCGUAAUGUGUACCCUAAGAUACCCCUGCCCCCUCCUCUGUCUUCUAAUAAUGAAUCGGUUCUCGACAAUAGUCUUAUAAUAGAGAUAAUAAACGACAUUCCUGAC